AUGGGCUGUACUGACGACAGCCAAUGUGAAAACGGUGGUACUUGUGACGAGGACGGUAAUUGUACAUGUGCAACGGGGUUUACUGGAGCUACAUGCGUUGACGGAGCCGCGGCAGGCUGUACUGACGACAGCCAAUGUGAAAACGGUGGUACUUGUGACCCGGACGGUAAUUGUACAUGUGCAACGGGGUUUACUGGAGCUACAUGCGUUGACGGAGCCGCGGCAGGCUGUACUGAAGACAGCCAAUGUGAAAACGGUGGUACUUGUGACCCGGACGGUAAUUGUACAUGUGCAACGGGGUUUACUGGAGCUACAUGCGUUGACGGAGCCGCGGCAGGCUGUACUGAAGACAGCCAAUGUGAAAACGGUGGUACUUGUGAGACGGACGGUAAUUGUACAUGUGCAACGGGGUUUACUGGAGCUACAUGCGUUGACGGAGCCGCGGCAGGCUGUACUGAAGACAGCCAAUGUGAAAACGGUGGUACUUGUGAGACGGACGGUAAUUGUACAUGUGCAACGGGGUUUACUGGAGCUACAUGCGUUGACGGAGCCGCGGCAGGCUGUACUGAAGACAGCCAAUGUGAAAACGGUGGUACUUGUGAGACGGACGGUAAUUGUACAUGUGCAACGGGGUUUACUGGAGCUACAUGCGUUGACGGAGCCGCGGCAGACUGUACUGAAGACAGCCAAUGUGAAAACGGUGGUACCUGUGAGACGGCCGGUACGUGUACAUGUGCAACGGGGUUUACUGGAGCUACAUGCGUUGACGGAGCCGCGGCAGACUGUACUGAAGACAGCCAAUGUGAAAACGGUGGUACCUGUGAGACGGCCGGUACGUGUACAUGUGCAACGGGGUUUACUGGAGCUACAUGCGUUGACGGAGCCGCGGCAGACUGUACUGAAGACAGCCAAUGUGAAAACGGUGGUACCUGUGAGACGGCCGGUACGUGUACAUGUGCAACGGGGUUUACUGGAGCUACAUGCGUUGACGGAGCCGCGGCAGGCUGUACUGAAGACAGCCAAUGUGAAAACGGUGGUACCUGUGAGACGACCGGUACGUGUACAUGUGCAACUGGGUUUACUGGAGCUACAUGCGUUGACGGAGCCGCGGCGGAGGUCAACUCAUUAAGUGCUGCGAUCAAAGUCAGUGGGGUAGUAUAUACAAAUGCAUUGGGCGACACUUCUUCAUCUGAAUUCAUGGCAGCCGCUGGACUGUGGGGGGAAAAGAUCGCUGACGGUUACUGCAAUGCUACAGCCGAUUCAAGGAACGGCACUGCUUGUCAAAUCACAGUGAAUGUAACAUCGUUCUCCAAUGGUUCUCUAGUAGUUAAUUUCAAUGCUGAGUUUGACAGCUCUGUGGUUUCCACUCUGAAUGCAUCUAAUAUCCAAAUCUUGAACGAAAAUGGAAUUCCCUACGGUACAACGGUUUCUGGCAUAACUCUUACCUGCGAUGGGGUGACGUGUGUAGACUGUACAGUAUGCAGCGAAGCAACUACCCCGGCCACAAGAAUGCAAGGGACUCUUCAAUGUUAUUCCUGUUUGACUAACUCCAUAACGGAUGUUUGCUCUACUGCUGAUGACCUUGCAAGCGCUGAUGAAGUACUAACUCCUACAUGCUAUGAAGGACAGCGUUGUUGGACUGAUCAUUAUGAGAACUCAUCACACACGGUUGUGUCGCGUGGGUGCACGGAUAACCCAUGCAUUGCUACCUUGCAUGGAGAUGGACCUUACUGCACUUCGGCGAAUGGUGUUACCAGUUGCACAUCAUGUUGUACUGAAUCAAAAUGCAACGACAACAAAUCCAGCUCUGAGGGUCUCACUUCUAGCUGUGUGACAUGGCUGACAUCUCUUUUCUCAGUGGUCAUCAUGCUGAUCACUUAUAGAGACUAAAUGAAUUCAAAUGUCAAAAGUUGUUCCCAUAUUGCCCUUUAUUAUAACAGGCAAAACUAUUCCUACUCCAUUCACAAUCAAAUUGCAAACAUAUUGUUUAUUGACUUUUAUAAUUGAUGAAAGACUAAUGGUUCAACUAGGACAUUUUGAUUAAUCAUACAGACAAUAAUACACACAUUUUUUAAUAGCAGUUUGGAAGGUUUUUAAAUAUGAUUUUUUAAAUCCAAAUACGGCAAGCACUUAUUUCUCAAAACUUGUUUCUAAAGAUAAUAGUACUGAUAUUAAUAAUUAUAUUUAUAAUAACAUUACUGAUAAGAACAAUACUAACAAUAAUAAUAAGAAUUAUAGUGAUAAGUAGAAUGAUAAUAACACAAAUAAUAAUAAUAAUAAUAAGAAUCAUAAUAAUUUGUUUUGUUUAACCAGGAUAGUCUUAUCAGAUAAAGGCACGGUAAUGCAAAAUCAUAUAUUUUUUCAUGGUAAUUUUUAUUGGCCACUAAGCAUGUUAGAAAGUAAGACAAAUUAGCAAUUUUCUAAUUUAACAAAUCAAAUAAAAAUGUAUAAAGUAAAAUGGAACAAUGUGUCAACUACUUCUUUCAACCUCACCAUCAAUGUUUGCAAAAAUAAGUAACAGACUUAUGUUUUACAAAUAGGUAUUGACUGAAUAAAAUAUUGAAUUAAAAUUAAAAUAAAUGUUAUCAAUUUUAGUUUUGGUAAGAUUUCCUCUUUUGUACAUAUUUAUCAUUAGAAAAGUUUAGAAUUGCUUUGAUGUACUAUUUACAUUAAAAAUGUCUUAAAAUCCGUCCUGAAUAUUCUGCGUGGAAAUAUUCUUAAAUUUACAAAGCGAGAUUAGCAUUUUUCAGGAAAACUUACAUUUGCUGAUUUAUUUGGACAAGUUAUAUCUGUCAAACAGAUAGAAAAUAAAGAUAUAUGUCAAGCGGACAAAACACUUGAUACGCGACAUAUCAAUUAAAAUUCUCAUUGCGUAUUCACACCUCUUUAUCGAAAGUUGAAAUUCAGAAUAAAGACAUUAAAAAUGAUAAAUAGUACCUUGAAGUUUUCAACUUUUCCGUAAAUUUGUGCCCUUAUCAAAUGCAAUAUAUAUAAUGAGUUGAAAGUAUAUGAUGAAUUAACUUUUGGAUUGUUAGAGAAUAGGAUAAAGCAAUGUGACAUUGUUCUUAUGUGAGUUUCAACAAAUCUGAUAGAACACUGUUUGAUAUUCUAAUUACAUUGACAUUUGAAUGACACAAAUGACCUGGGUAUCAGGCUUCUAUAGCUUGCUUCCAUGAUGUGUUUUCUCUAAUCGAAAUGUAGUGUAUGUGUCAAUCAGUUAAUGAUUGCCAGUACGUUGAUGUAGACCUGAAAGGUAUGUAAACUACUCACGAGCAGACACAUUCUGUCACAGGGACAUUGUAUUACUUAUUCGCUUUUCACUUUAUCAAUCAAUACACAUGCAUGUAGAACACUUAUGAAUGAAUGGUAUUCAUUACCACAUAAUAAACUGUUUGAAAGGUUGGACUGGAAAUGUAUUUUGUAUACUUGGAAUGGUGAGGAAGCUCCAUACAUAAUUGAAUGAUGAUUGAAUGAGGAACAUGGUUAGAUAUACACAAUUAUUGUGAUUGUCUACUCAUAUUGCCUUAACAAACUUAUUUUUUUUUUUUUGGGGGGGGGGGGGGUGAGGUGAGAUGUAGCACACCUUAUGUGCUGAGCGCUAUGGUAAUUGAAACUGUUAUUAAAGCACUUUACAUCUGUAGUGGUUAUAAAUACAUAAAGAAAGACAUUGACAAUAUGAAACAAGCAGAUUUUCCAUUUUGUUUUCUCCAUUCAACGUUAGUAAGAAUAAUUGUACUAUUAAACUAUAUACAAAUAAGAGCAAUUAUUUGUCCAAGUAUGCGAGGUUAAGGGAACACUUACUGGUAGUUAAUUGAGUUAAUUGGUUUCUCUAGGAAGUGAAAUAUUAAUUGUGCCUACAAACUGACUUACUAUACCAUAUACUAGAAAGUUUUUGUUUAGUCUCAUAUUGUAUAGUUACGGAUUCUAUUUGGAUGCACGUUAAGAAAAUGGCACAACGUUUAGUGUUAACAAAAGACUCACAUGACUCAGUGUAAAAAUUGUUAUGUAUUUUUCUAACAUUUUCUAUGGUAUGCUCUUUAACCUUGAUUGUUUUGUCUUAACUUUGACUUUGUUGUUCUCUGUUAAAAAGCUGCUUAACUGUACACAAAGAAUGAUUUUAUUGAUGUUGUUGAUGCAGAGCUAUUUUCUUAAUAAUUGUAUAAAAGUUUAACUGUGGGGAAGAGUGUAUUUAAUUUUCGGGUUGUACAUUUAUAUAACAAUAUGUCAUCAUGCUGAAAUUACUAAAGGUUUCACAUUGUGUUCUUUGUAAUGGAUGCACAUAAUCUCAAAUAUACUAUCAAUUGUAACGUACUAAUGUAUUGUCAAUUCAUUCUCCUUUAAUGUUCUAAAUAAAGUUUGGAUUGAGGUGUCAUUAAUCAUA